AUUACGGCUGGGAGCGGGAUUAGCGGGAAGGGCAGCGGCGGCGGGAGCGGGAUUGACCGCGUUACGGCUUUCUGUGGCAUUUCUGCGGGCUGUCUGGGACUUCACCUGCCUACAGCCGGAGCGCCUCGGGCACAACGAAAGGUCUGAGCGGCGGCUGCUGGGCAGCUCCUGGAGCACAACGAUGGCUUCGCCCUGGGCACCGGCAGAGCCCCUCGGCCAGGCAGGCGCCUGAGGCUGGUCCCUGUGCUGCGGGAAGAAGGCUUUUCCCUGGGAGAAGGCACCUUAGCGAUGGGCUGAACUUAUGGGAGGAACCAGCGCCCGGCCAGGCGGAGAUUCAGGGGCCCGUCGGGAGGCGUGAAGGGCCUGGUUUCAGUAAGGGCAUGGCCAAAGCUUUCUUCAGGCUACAGAAGUUUCUCCGUCGGACCCAGUUUCUGCUCCUCUUCCUCACAGCUGCUUACCUGAUGGCCGGCAGCCUCCUGCUGCUGCAGCGGACCCGCAUCAUUAUCCAGCAAGGCUCUCGUGGGACCUCCUCCAGCCAGGCCCUGGCAGUGCUGGACGGGAUGGCCGGGGCUGGGAUCAUGGACCCGCGCCCCGCUCCCAGGCUGCCGGUGGGCAUGGACGCCCUGCAGGAUGCGGCCCCGGGCCAGCGGCACAGCCCGCGGUGGCUUGUGUCCCGCAACUCCGAGCUCAGGCAGCUGAGGCGAAGGUGGUUUCACAGGUUCAUCAGCGACCAGGAGCCCGUGCAGACAGCGGGGUUCAGAGCAAUGAAGCACACUGCUGAACACAAAGGUACCUACGUGGGAUGCUUCAGUGAUGAUUCGAGGGAGAGGACGCUGAAGGGAGCUGUGUUUUAUGACUUGAGAAAAAUGACAGUAUCCCACUGUCAGGAAGCUUGUGCCGAGAGGGCUUACACCUACGCGGGGCUGGCGUACGGAGCAGAGUGCUACUGCGGGAACAAGCUCCCUGCGACCACCUCCAAACCCGAGGAGUGCAACAGCGAGUGCAAGGGGGAGAAGGGCUCGGCCUGCGGAGGGGUGAACCGGCUCUCGGUCUACAGGGUGGAGGAGCUGCGAGCAGGAGCCAGGCGACGGAGGAAUGUUAUCUAUCGAGGAUGUUUUAGAGCUCCAGCAAAUUUAACAGACACCUUUCCAGCCUCUUUGAUACAGCCCAAUUUGACGGUGGAGAUGUGCUCUGAAUUUUGCUCCAAGAAAGAGUUUCCCUUGGCAGUGCUCCGAGCACGGGAGUGCUACUGCGGCUAUGCCACCGGGCGCUUCUCGCUGCACAACGGGGCGGAUGCGCUGCUCUGCAGCGGGCUGCACAACGCCAGCAGCACGGCCAAGGGACAGUACUGCCUGGUCUAUCAGACCCCAGUGCAAGACACCCGCUGCACGGACAGGAAAUUCUUAACCACCAAAUCCAAAGUGUUUGUUGCUUUGUCGAGCUUUCCUGGGGCUGGGAAUACGUGGGCUCGCCAUUUGAUAGAGCAUGCCACAGGAUACUACACAGGAAGCUAUUACUUCGAUGGAGCCCUGUACAACAAAGGUUUUAAAGGAGAAAAAGACCACUGGAGGAGCAGAAGGACCAUCUGUGUGAAAACACACGAGAGUGGCAAGACAGAGAUUGAAAUGUUUGACUCGGCGAUCCUGCUGAUCCGGAACCCAUACAAGUCUCUGAUGGCGGAGUUCAACAGGAAGUAUGCAGGGCACCUGGGCUACGCCACCGACCGCAACUGGAAAAGCAAAGAGUGGCCGGAUUUCGUGAACAGCUAUGCGUCCUGGUGGGCCUCCCACGUCCUGGACUGGCUCAAGUACGGGAAGCGCCUGCUCGUCGUCCACUACGAGGACCUGAAGCAGAGCCUCAUCCCCAAGCUGAAGGAAAUGGUGGAGUUCCUGAACAUGACGGUGACAGAGGACAGACUGCUCUGUGUGGAGAACAACAGGGACGGGAGCUUCAAGCGGUCUGGUGCUAAGCAAAAGGAUUUUGAGCCAUUCACGCAGGAAAUGAAAGAUCUUAUCAACAGAUACAUCCUGACAGUGGACGAAGCCCUGAGGGGAAGAAACUUCACAGGGCUGCCCAGAGAGUACGUGCCCAGAUGAUGACCUGGUGGUGCUCAGUGCUGAGCUUACAAACAAGAUCAUUUUUCUCAGAAAUACAAAGCUAAAAAAACCCCACAAAAAUAGUAAUAAAACAGGAACAGAGCUUGAUAGCCAUUAAAGAUACUUGUGGAGCCUGCUGAGCAGUGCAAAUUCUCCCACUCAAGGGUGUUCUUCAGAGCACUAAGUGCUCCAGAAGGCAAGCAAUGAAGGAUGGAAACUGGGUUAUAAACCAGGGCGAAAAGCUGUUAGUGUCUACCUGCGUGUGCCCCUCCUGCACCAGCGGCUCAGAACCUCACCAGGAGCAGCCCUGCUUCUGCUGCGGGCAUCCUGCCCUGCUGCCGUCACAGACCUGCCAGGGGCCAUGUGGGCUCCCACAGCACUGCAUGGGACAUGGAUGCAUGGAAAGGGGGAGGGAAAAGGCACCUGGACACUGAUGGACGGUUCGAUGGGAGCAGUUAAGGAGGUCACUUUCUUCCAGACCAACCCACGAGCUUCCCCCCGGGGUUUGCUUGUCGGGUCAUCUGCCAUGACAGAGGUGCAGGGGGAGAAGGUGCCCGUGUGCUGGGCAGGGGGGGCUUCAGAACCCAGCCCAGGCUCCCCUGCAUGGCCAGGGCCAUGUGAGCUCCACAGGGAGGUGGCAGCCACAGCAUGCCCCCAUGGAGAGGGGCCUGGGACCUGCAGGACAGAACCUCAGCAUGGCCAGAGGUGGGCUGGGUAUUGCCAGUCCCAGAGAGACCCCAGACCUGGCCCUAGGGGCAUGAAUGAGGCCUUGGAGGGGUGGGAGAGGAGGGAUUGCGCCGGUGCCGGAGGCUCAGGACAGGUUUCGGUACCUCCAUCUCUGUCACCAGAGCCACAGUGAGUCUGCGACAGCCACGUGUGCUUGGUGUGGGACUCGCUGGGUCCCCUGUGGUUCACUUCACCCUGUGCUGCGCUGCACCCGGUGCAGCAGGGGUUGGCCUCCUGGUCCUGCCUGCAGGCAGCAGCCACCAGAGCAGCUUGGAGAUGGUCAAACCACGCAGCCGGAGGGGCUGCCCUGCUGCGAGAUGCUUCUGUUCGUGUGAAAUAAAGGAUUCCUUGAAAACUUGAGUGAAAAUACUAGUUUUAAUAAAGCAACAAGUUUCUAUAAAGGGAA